AUGGCGUCCAGCUCACCACUGCCGCAGUUCAAGGAGGCCAAGACAUCUGCCACUACCAUGAUGUGGCAGGUCUACCAUCAACGGCCGCGCACCCCGAGGUCAAAAGCCAUCGCAUACUCCGUUCUAGCAUUCCUUGUCUUUCUUUUUAUGGUCUUAUCGUCGUCCAGUCAAUCCGAGCCUGAUUUCUGGACCAAGUUCCCAUCGCGUCACCCAUUCCCUGAAAGCCCCGAGAAUGCGCAGGUCGCACUCCCUCGACGAACCGAUGUCGCCAUCAACGAUACCCUCCCUCACGACUUGGACAAGCCCAACCCAAAUCUCCACGUCUUGGUGCCUGUGCAGCAUGGCUCACGCGGUGCAUGCCGAACACUGACAUCGGCCAUGAUAUUGGGAUACCCACCUCCAACACUGGUCGGAUACGGAAAGAACACUCCCGGUGCGACUGAGUUCGAGCGCAUUGUGGAUCGGAUCACUCGCCUGCGCGAUUACCUGAAACCGAGCCAUGUUGUGAAGGAUCACGACUUAGUGCUGGUUGUCGAUGCCGAGGACGUUUUCUUCCAGCUCCCACCGGAGAUUCUGGUCACACGUUUCCAGGAGAUUCUGCGAACGAACAACAAGAAACUACUCAAGAAGCACGGGUACGCAAAGGUGGAGAAAGCAACUGCCGGUGCUCCCCCGGAUUUAGUGCCAAAAUACUCGCAGCGCGUGCUGUUUGGUGCUAGUAAAUUGUGCUACGGUGCACUGGAGGAGGACCCUGGCUGUGUUUCUGUCCCGGAGUCAUCAUUACCUCCGGAUGCCUAUGGUUGGAAGACGGACAUCUAUCCUGACGGGCACUUGAAUCGGCCCCGAUGGUUGAACCCAGGCGCGGUGAUUGGUCAGGCUGCGGAUCUACGACUUAUCUACGAUGAGGCUCUGCGAAUUCUCGAGCAGCGUCACAAGAAGGACGCCGAUUACCAAGCUCUGACGCAGAUGUAUGGGCGGCAGGAGGUCGUCCGCGAGCUGGAGCGGCGUCGCACCACCAACGGUUUUAAAGAAUGGUUUCAAGGCCUCCUGGGCAUCAAUGAAGCCUCAAACAUAACUGGAAUCCGUGUCCGUCUUGAGACGGGGCACCGCUAUGAGUACGGUAUCGGAGUCGACUUCGAGUCGCAAAUGUUCUUCACUCAGAUAAUGUCUCGGAAUGAUGUCGAGUGGAUCAUGUACAACAACAUUACCAAAACAUCCAUACUCCAAGGACAGUUUGGUGUUCCCCGUGAACACCGUCUCCUCCUUCCGGAUGACAUCGCCGCCCUUCCAAACCCGUACAACCAGAGUCGCUUUGCCAAAUCUCAGACUACACAUCCCGAGUGGAAUGCCACGCUGGACAAGCUACCAAACCCGGAGGAGCAUUCCUGGCAUAAUUCACCCUUAAUGACCAACCCCCAUUCUGCUGCCGUGCCUGUUCUCGCUCACCUCAAUGGUGAUCAGAAACUCCGCAACACUUGGUGGGAGAAGAUGUGGUUCUUCCCUUGGGGCCGUGCCCUUCUCCGCCGAUACGUGCGUUCCGCUCGCGGGUUCGACGCGGCACAGUCCUCUCUUCUGGGCGGCCAAGAGUGGUGGAAUAUGCGUGGUGGACGGGGCGGACUCUGGACAGACGAACAAAACUGGGUCACCUUUUCGGACGUCUGUGAGGGCCAGGAGCGAGAUCUCUUCGAUGAUGAUCUGGGUCUUUGGGCUAAGGAAAACGGUGAUCCUGAUGAGCCUAUUUACAAUAAAUUCGGUAAUCUCAUGUACGGCAAAGAACCCCCAAACCCUCCUAAAGGAGGGGAGCCGUAA